AUGUUGCCGCAAUGUCGUGGUCAUACUAUUCUCAACGGGAAAUUCGGCCAGAUCGUGCAGCAUCAGUACCAAAACGCCGAUGGUGCAUCCUAUAACAACCGAGGUGUAUCGAUCGAGUAUAUGAAGAGGCGAUCAAAGGACGAAGUUUCUGGUCAUGGAGAUGAUGGUACAGGACAGAAAAACCGGCUAUGCAACGAAAUGUUGCAUUUUGUGGGCAGUAUCUUCAACGGUAGCGCGUCAGUUAGACUGCUUUUCGCAAGAUCCACUCACGUAGGAGCCCGGGACAUCGAGUCAUCCAGCGCUCAUGCCAAUCGGUCUAGGCCAAGUAGAGAACAAUUGAGCUCCACGCACGGAGUACCCUCACGAAAGCCCGACGUGCAUUCUAGGGGCCCUGAAGCGGGGAAUUUGCUCCAGAGCCUGUUGGGUUCCGUAGUCACCGCUGUCGAUAAUCACAUUAUUGACAGUCGGGUGACGGCGCCGAUUUUUGCAUUUCCAACAGACUAUGCCACCAGCGAGAAGACCUCCACAAAGGUUUUCGAAUGCUGA